AUGUCAUUGACACAAGUUCUUCCUCAACCGUCAAUGACGGGCUAUGAUCGUGAAGAUGAUGAAGUUCGCAAUGAACCAAAAAGAAAUGAACUUACAAUGUUUUCAAAAUUCGUUGUACCACCUUACGGUCAUCGUCAAGAUUUUGUACCACGUAGACCCGAUAUGUUUGGUGAUGGUGGUGCUUUUCCUGAAAUUCAUAUGGCUCAAUAUCCACUUAAUAUGGGUUCGAUAAAGAAUCAAACGUCAAAUGCACUUCAACUUCAAGUUGAUGGUGAUGGAAAACCAAAAUUUGAUGCUAUUAUCAAACACAAUGUUAAAGGCAGUAAAAUUGUUUAUUCAAGUUUUGUUGAUUUACUACCAAAAGAAGUUCGUGAAGAUGAUCCUGGUCUUCAGAAACCAACUGAAGAAGAAUUGAAAGAAAAAACAGAAAAAACGCGUCAAGCACUCGAAGCACUUGUAUCAUCGAAAGUAUCAGCUGCUCUACCUGUUCAACAUGCAGAAAAAACAGGACCUGUUCAGUAUAUUCGUUAUACACCUUCACAACAAGGAGCUGCAUUUAAUUCCGGUGCCAAACAACGUAUCAUUCAAAUGGUUGAAGUUCAAAAAGAUCCUAUGGAACCACCUCGAUUCAAAAUCAAUAAAAAACUUCCACGUGGACCUCCAAGUCCUCCUGCUCCAAUUCUACAUUCACCAACACGAAAAGUUACUGUUAAAGAACAACAAGAUUGGAAGAUUCCACCAUGUAUAUCCAAUUGGAAAAAUAGCAAAGGUUAUACAAUUCCACUUGAUAAACGUCUAGCAGCUGAUGGUCGUGGUCUUCAAAGUACACAUAUUAAUGAAAAUUUUGCUAAACUUGCUGAAGCUUUAUAUACAGCCGAUUUAAAGGCUCGUGAAGCUGUAGAUAUGCGUGCUAAAGUUGAAAAACAAAUAGCUAAAAAACAAAAGGAUGACAAAGAAGAACGAUUACGUGAAUUAGCUCUUCAUGCUCGAACAGAUCGAGCGGGAAUUCGACUUGCUGAUAAAGGUGAUGAGCAAAGUGCUGAACGUGAUCAAAUUCGACAAGAAAGAAAUAAAGAACGACAGCGUGCUGCUGCUCUUCAACGAGCUGGCGGUGAUAAAAAACGUCCAAAAGAACGUGAUAUUAGUGAACAAAUUGCAUUGGGUGUGCAAAGUGCAACUAAUACAGGUGUUCAAUAUGAUCAACGUCUAUUCAAUAUGUCAGCGGGUCUCAAUACUGGUUUGGGUGAUGAUGAAGCUUACAAUGUAUAUGAUCAACCAUGGAAUUCAUCAACAGCUGUUGCUUCUCAAAUUUAUAAACCAACCAAAACAUCAAAAGAUACUUUUGAGGAUACUGAAGCUUUAGCUACUGCUGCGACACGAUUUGAAAAAGAAAAAGGCUUCAAAGGAGCUGAUCGAGCUACAGCACGUGAUGGUCCUGUUCAAUUUCAACGUGAAGAAGAUCCAUUUGGUUUAACUGAUUUCUUGAAAGAUGUACGACAUGGUGGUGCAGGUGGUUCAGCCCCAUCAGCUAAUCCAUCUUCUAGUUCAUCAUCUAAACGUGGUAAUGCAGAUGAUCGAGAAGAACGAAGCAGUGACAAACGUCGCAAGAAUAAAUAG